CCGGCGCGCGGGACAAAGGAUCGGGCGGCGCUCGAGCGGCUCCUGCCGGCGGUUUGGAGGCCGCCAGGUGGGCGGACGGGGGUGGGGUGCCAGCAACCUCAUCUCACCUUCCCCGCUCCCCCACCCGCCCCGUUUCUGCCCCGGAGUGGCCUCCAGCUCGGGGGAGCAUUUGUCGACCGCGAUGUCUGCCCAUCGUGACCCGACGCGGGAGCUGUUCGAGGGUUGCAGGAACGGGGAUGUGGCCCGGGUGAGGAGACUGCUCAGGGCCGACAAUGUGAACGCCAGGGACACGGCAGGACGCAGGUCGACCCCUUUACAUUUCGCUGCAGGAUUUGGACGGAAGGAUGUAGUUGAAUUUUUGCUACAGAGUGGUGCCAAUGUCCAUGCAAGAGAUGAUGGAGGCCUUAUUCCUCUGCAUAAUGCCUGUUCAUUUGGGCAUGCAGAAGUUGUCAAUCUGUUGCUGUGUCAUGGUGCUGAUUCUAAUGCUCGGGAUAAUUGGAACUACACACCUCUCCAUGAGGCUGCCAUCAAAGGCAAAAUUGACGUAUGCAUAGUGUUGCUGCAACAUGGAGCUGACCCUCAUAUUCGGAAUACCGAUGGAAGAACAGCAUUAGACUUGGCGGACCCGUCUGCUAAAGCUGUAUUGACAGGUGAAUACAAAAAAGACGAACUGCUGGAAACUGCAAGAUUUAUUUCUAGGAAUGGAAAUGAAGAAAAGUUGAUGUCCCUUCUUACACCAUUGAAUGUAAACUGCCAUGCAAGUGAUGGUAGAAAGUCUACACCACUUCAUCUAGCAGCAGGAUAUAAUCGUGUUAAGAUUGUACAGCUGCUGCUUCAGCAUGGUGCUGAUGUUCAUGCAAAGGAUAAAGGAGACUUAGUACCUCUUCACAAUGCCUGUUCCUAUGGUCAUUAUGAAGUUACGGAGCUCUUAGUUGAGCAUGGUGCACAUGUGAAUGCUAUGGACCUCUGGCAGUUUACUCCUUUGCAUGAGGCAGCCUCCAAGAACCGGGUACAAGUAUGUUCCCUAUUACUGAGCUAUAGUGCUGAUCCGACAUUACUGAACUGCCAUUCAAAAAAUGCUAUUGAUUUGGCCCCUACACCACAACUAAAAGAACGGUUAGCAUAUGAGUUCAAAGGACAUUCAUUAUUACAAGCUGCAAAAGAAGCAGAUGUGAUCUGUGUGAAAAAACAUCUGUGUUUAGAGAAUGUGAAUUUCAAGCAUCCGAGGACUCGUGAGACUGCAUUGCAUUGUGCUGCUGCUUCUCCAUACCCAAAACGAAAACAGGUGGCUGAGUUAUUAUUAAGAAAAGGAGCUAAUGUCGAUGAAAAGACAAAAGACUUUUUGACACCCCUCCAUGUGGCAUCAGAAAAAGCCCACAAUGAUAUUAUUGAAGUGCUUAUAAAAAAUGAUACAAAGGUGAAUGCCUUGGACAGACUUGGUCAGACACCUUUACAUAAGGCUGCACAGUAUGGCCACCAUCACACAUGUCGUUUGUUGCUGAAUUCUGGAUCUGACUCAUCAAUACUCUCCAUGCAGGGUUUAACUGCAUUACAGAUGGGAAAUGAAAGUGUGCAGCAGAUUUUACAAGAAGGUGUCAUGUUUGGAAACUUUGACACUGAUCGGCAGUUAUUGGAAGCAGCCAAAGCUGGAGACUUGAGUAUGGUCAAGAAACUCUGCACUCUUCAGAAUGUAAAUUGCAGAGAUGUCGAAGGUCGCCAAUCUACUCCUCUCCACUUUGCAGCUGGCUACAACAGAGUAUCCGUUGUGGAAUAUUUGUUGCAAAAUGGUGCCGAUGUUCAUGCCAAAGAUAAAGGGGGAUUGGUUCCAUUGCACAAUGCGUGUUCCUAUGGACAUUAUGAAGUAGCAGAACUCCUAGUCAAAAAUGGUGCAGUGGUCAACGUAGCUGAUUUGUGGAGGUUUACUCCUUUGCAUGAGGCUGCAGCAAAGGGAAAGUAUGACAUUUGUAAGCUUUUAUUACUGCAUGGUGCUGAUCCAACCAAGAAGAAUCGAGAUGGAAAUACUGCCCUUGAUCUGAUAAAGGAUGGAGACACUGACAUUCAAGACCUCCUGAGUGGAGAUGCUGCUUUACUUGAUGCUGCAAAGAAGGGUUGCAUGACCAGGGUGAAAAAAUUGUGUACAGCAGACAAUGUUAAUUGUAGAGACACCCAGGGCAGACAUUCAACACCUUUGCAUUUAGCAGCUGGGUACAACAAUCUUGAAGUUGCAGAAUAUCUGCUACAACAUGGUGCUGAUGUGAAUGCUCAAGACAAAGGUGGACUGAUUCCUUUACAUAAUGCUGCUUCAUAUGGGCAUGUAGAUGUAGCAGCAAUGUUAAUAAAAUAUAAUGCUUGCGUCAAUGCAACAGACAAAUGGGCUUUUACUCCCCUUCAUGAAGCAGCCCAGAAAGGACGGACGCAACUGUGUGCGCUAUUGCUAGCACAUGGAGCUGACCCCACAAUGAAAAAUCAGGAAGGGCAAACUCCAUUAGACCUAGUCACUGCAGAUGAUGUCCGAGCCUUGCUGAUUGCUGCGAUGCCUCCUUCUGCGCUGCCAUCUUGCUACAAGCCUCAAGCUGUUGUCAUCAAUGCAUCCCAACCAAUAGGAUCUGCAACUUCUUCACUGCCCUCUGUUCCAUCAACUCCAGCAAACCUGUCUGCUGCAAAUAGCCUUGACCACCUUAAAGCUAGUUUCUCUGAACAGGCUUCCAGUACUAAUGUGUGUGGUGCAGAAGGAAUUGCUAGUUUAGAAAAAAAAGUUCCAGGAAUAGAUAUGACUAUUGAUCAGUUUUUGAGGAAUUUAGGCCUUGAAGAUCUAUGUGAAAUAUUUGAAAGAGAACAGAUCACAUUAGAUGUAUUGGUUGAAAUGGGACAUAAAGAGCUCAAAGAAAUUGGAAUAAGUGCUUAUGGCCACAGGCAUAAAAUCAUUAAAAGAGUUGAACAUUUAAUAGCUGGGCAGCAAGGCAUCAACCCAUAUCUAACUUUAAACACUUCCAGCAGUGGUACAAUUCUGAUUGAUUUGCUACCAGAAGAUAAGGAAUUCCAAUCUGUUGAGGAAGAGAUGCAGAGUACAGUGAGAGAACACCGGGAUGGUGGUCAUGCUGGAGGAGUCUUUAAUAAAUAUAGCUUAUUGAAGAUUCAAAGGGUAUGUAAUAAAAGACUCUGGGAGAGAUAUACACACAGAAGGAAAGAAGUGUCGGAAGAAAAUCACAACCAUUCAAACGAAAGAAUGCUGUUUCAUGGCUCCCCCUUUGUAAAUGCUAUAAUUCACAAGGGUUUUGAUGAGAGGCAUGCUUACAUUGGUGGAAUGUUUGGAGCCGGCAUAUACUUUGCUGAAAAUUCGUCUAAAAGUAACCAGUAUGUCUACGGAAUAGGUGGUGGUACUGGCUGUCCGAUACAUAAAGAUAGGUCCUGUUACAUUUGUCAUAGACAAAUGGUAUUCUGCCGAGUUACACUAGGCAAGUCAUUUUUGCAGUUCAGUGCAAUGAAAAUGGCUCAUGCCCCUCCUGGUCAUCAUUCUGUUACUGGCCGACCUAGUGUGAAUGGAUUAGCAUUGGCUGAAUAUGUCAUUUAUAGAGGUGAACAGGCUUACCCAGAAUAUUUGAUAACGUAUCAAAUUGUGAAACCAGAGAAUUCAACUGAUUGAUACAGGAGUGUGCAUAUGAUCAGAUUUGGUACUUAUGGAGGAUAUCCUGCACAUUGGAUCCAAUGCACAUGUUUUAUCAGUGAAAAUGUUUCAUCAUUGAUUUUUAAAUUGUGUAAUCCACAUAGCUUUAAAUAGUGUCCAAACUGAAUAAUUUCUGAAAUUUGCCUUCCCAUAUUGCAGCAGAAUCCAUUCCAAAAGAAAGUCUGUAUUUUCUGUUAGUAAAUUAAUGUAGGUAGCUGAAAUAAUUGUAUUGAUACACCAGAAUACUGAUUUUUGUUUUGUCAAUAUACAUCAUGGUAAAGUAUGGUCUCUAUAGAAUCUAGAAAAGGUUAACUGCUGCUCCGCAUAAGUGUACUGUGACAUGUUUUUAUUGUAAAGCUGUUGUAAAUAAGAAUUUUGUACUAGCUCAGUAACUUAUUUACACUUUUAUUCUUAAAAUGAAAUGGCACCUAUAGUUAAGUCAUCAUCGACUUGGUUGAAGGUAUCAGCGUUCUGUUUCAAUUGAGUAAAAUAAGUCUUGAUUGAGGUUUGUUGAUAUCCUAGGACUCGUACCUCAGUUGAAGUAGUCUUUGUACUAUCGUUUAACAGAAUCAUAG